AUGGCACCCAAAGAACCCAAAGUGGAUGCGCCGCCCCUGUCAAGUGACGAUGAAGAUGAGAAGGGGUACAGUAAACUCGAUUCCUCGGAUUCAGAAGACGACCGGCAGAGAACCGCAGAUAUUGUCCCCUCAUUUCCCAAAGAAUCCAGCUCAGCCGGAAAUGCCAGGAAGACCGCUCUAGGCCGCAAAGUCGAUCCACCAGAGGAUUUGUCAUUGUCGAGAAUAUCACAAAAUACAACGUCAACUAGCUCUGCAGGCCCCAAACGUUCCUCGGAUGGGAUUGCGGGGGCUUCGGGGAAAAAUUUCCUGGAAGAGGAUAUCUCGAGACCGAGAAAGCGGAACAGACCUGCGUAUGGCAAGAAAGUCAAGGAGUCACACGUGAAGAGGUCUAGCAUUUAUCGAGCCGACUCUCCAGAGAGGAAGUCAUUCAAGCGUAUUGAGGUAGACCCCAGUCCGACCAAAAAUACAAAUUCGGGGGCAGGUUUCAAGGAAUUUCCAUUAGGAUCUUCACCAGCCAGUAGUCCAGCGAAGAGCGGGUUCAGAACUGGCCCUCUCAUCUCAGAUGAGUCACCCCAAAGGCCUGGCUCGACAUUCAUCAAGCCUACUGCGAGUUCACAUGAUAUCAAACCAGCGCGAGUAUCAUUGGAUAGGACUGGAUUCAAGAGGCCAACAAAAGGGUUGCGGCGUCAGAACCCGACUAGAAACGGUCAAUCGAAUGGGGAUCCGGAAGGAACGCCUACACAGAAACCGACAGCUUUCAAAAUGCCAGAUAUGAAAGGGAUGGAUGAUGUGGAUGAUGUGGAUGACAGUAGACCCAUCCCAGAUACCCAGCAACUAGGCCUCCUACUCGACGAAGAGAUCGAUGGUGGUAUGAAGUCAGACUCAGAUGUUGACGGAUUAGAUCAUAUCCUGCCCGGUGGGCCCCUGGGAUCACGUUGUCCCAUGUGCCACGAAACUGUCGAUCAAGAACUUCUCAAGAAGCACUUGGCCGGGGGCAGUAUGAACGUCAGAAGACAAUCGGCCUUUUGCAGGCUGCACAAGCGGAAGGAAGCGCAAGACCAUCGGAAGACGAAGGGAUACCCAGACGUAGACUGGGGAAACAUCGAGUCCCGGCUCCAGAUGCACACGGAUAUCAUCGAGAAUAUACUGCAGGGGCAAAGACUGUCACAUUACGCCUCAGUAUUCCAGAAGCGAGUUGAGUCCGGCGAGAACAGAAUGCUGUUGAAAACCAACGAAAGCCUCAUCCCAGGAUAUUAUGGCCCACGUGGUCUACGCGUCAUGUCGGAGUUUAUCACCAAGAACUUCUCCGACACGCUCCGCAAGAGAGCCGUCGAGGAUCGUCUGGUCUCCUCCAGGGGCUAUUCUGGGUAUAUGCAGGCGGUGCUGGUACCAGAGCUGGCUAUCCGUCUGAUCAUGGAGGACAUGAGUGUCACAGAGGAGGAUGCAAGGGGGAUCCUGUCGGAUAGCUGCGACGUCGGCGAGCUGGUACAUGAGGAGACGAGAGAUGUUGUACGAUGGAGCGAUGAUGAGGGUGGUGAGAACUAG